AACUGUGAGAGGGCACAGGAGCGCGAGCGCGAGCUUGAAGCGCGGGUGCGGACUUCAGUCGCGUGCGACGCGCGCUCUCAGCCGGUUUACGAUGUUUCUCAGCAGAUUGACUUAACGCGAUUGAAUAUGAACGCGAACGUGAAAGACGCGCGGGUGGAACUGAACGUCCGCGUACGACUUGCCGGCACUUGAGAAACUUUUACGAUGAAAACGAAACGGAGUAUCGUUACCGCGCGACAAAUCGCCGUGGAACGAAAGCAAUAACUGGUACCGACGAGACAAACGGGAGAAAUAAAUCGUGGAUCGUAUUACAGCGAUAAAAUGCGGCGCAAAAGACAGAUUUGCGAUCUCGCCGAUAACGCAUCGGGAAACGCGUCACCGGCGACUUUUGAUCGCGCGGAGUCAAAGUUUGUUGAGUUCGAAUGAGACGGAGCGCGAUCUGCGCGAUGCAAUUUGACUGAAUGAUGUAUACCUCAUUAUUGACGGAUUUGUGCCGGUCGAGAAAAUUGUGAUUAAAGCUUUACAUAGAUAGAAAUUGUUGAAAAAGAGAAGGGGAAGAAAGGAAAGAGAGAAGAAACCUGGAGGAGAAAAGAAGGAGAUGCAAGGCGGAAAGCGGAAAUAGCGCUUCGCGGACGAUAAUAUUUAUUAUCGAAUCAAGAAGUGCAAAUUCUUCGACUUUGAAAAGUCAGAAGUAACUAAUGUAUCGCGUCUGACUGUCUGUCUCUGUUAAUUUGAUAAAACUUAUCAGUCCAAAGUUACGUCCUUAUCUGAUCUUUUCUUUUUCAAAACGGAAAAAAUUCACGGAAGUCGUAAUCUCUGACCGAUUAAGUGGAAACGAUUUAUGUCUGUCAAUACGACUCGAUGUUUUAGUAUAACGUUUCAGUAGUAAAUGUUUAUUACAUUUUUGCCAUCGAUUAUCGUCAACGGAUUUAAGUAAAAAAAAAAAAAAAAAAUUAGGCGGAAAUUAAGCGGAAAUUAUAUAGAUUUUUUUAUCUCGCCUUUUGGAAAUUAUCGAUAACUAUGAGGGACAAAUUUACAUUCAGCUCGGGAAUGCCGGACAUGCACGAGACCCUGUCUAGCUUCCCGGAACAGUUUGGGGAUGGCCCGAGAAAACCGGAAAUAAAGCCGGAAAUUCCGAAGGAGACGGAUAGGACCGCGGACAAUCUGAAAUGCGGUUGGUUCUGGUUCAGGCCAAUUUACUUGCAGAAAUUUCGCACCGCGAAAUGGGCGCUGUUCUGGUUAUGCUGGGCCGGGGCUAUGCAAGGAAUGGUCGUGAAUGGUUUUGUAAAUGUCGUCAUCACGACGAUAGAAAGGAGAUUCGGACUGAAAUCGUCGGAGACCGGUUUGAUAGCGGGCGGAUACGAUAUAGCUAGCUUCUUUCUUCUCGUACCAGUAAGCUAUCUCGGUGGCCGCGCGAAGGCAUCGAAACCAAGGUAUAUCGGCAUAGGAAUUCUAGUCUUAGGUAUAGGUAGCUUGCUGUUUGCAUCUCCACAUUAUCUUGCCGGACCAUAUAGAGGAGGUCAGCAAACAGAAAAUGUAUGCCAAAGUGUCAGCAAUAUAUCGAGCCAUUCGAUAUCCUGCACGGAUCAAUCUACCGUUCAAGCGGAGCUAGAGCCUUACAGUGGCGUGUACUUAACCAUAUUUCUGGUAGCUCAGCUGUUACAUGGCGCCGGUGCGACACCCUUUUAUACACUCGGGGUUACGUAUUUAGACGAAAAUGUUUCGAAAAAGAUGUCCUCAGUAUAUUUAGGUGUUUACUACACCAUGGCCAUAAUAGGACCUGCGUUAGGCUACGUUGUCGGUGGCGAGCUACUGAAAAUUUACACGGACUUUCUUACGGUGGAUUCCUCAACGAUUGGAUUAACUUCCGAUAGUAAUGUCUGGAUUGGUGCAUGGUGGAUCGGUUUUCUGGCAGCGGCUGUCAUAUGCUUCAUCAUCGCGGUACCUGUCUUGGCAUUUCCGGCAGUCUUACCCGGUUCGGAGGAAUUAGCCAAAGAUAAGGUGUCAGAGGCACACGAGAAAUCGACUCGAUCUACCACCGCGGGAACGGGGGAAGCGUUCUCCAAGAUACGAGAGCUACCACGCGCUUUGACCGAACUACUCGGAAAUCCGGCAUUUUUUAUGUUGAACCUGGCAGGUGCCAGCGAAGGCUUGCUGAUCGCCGGAUUUGCUGCCUUCCUACCGAAACUGAUUGAAAAUCAAUUUAGCGUCAGUGCCAGUUCGGCGGCGUUGCUAAUGGGAUUGGUGACUGUACCAGCAGGUGGCGGCGGUACUUUUCUCGGCGGUUAUCUGAUAAAACGGUUCAACUUGUCCUGUUCUGGUAUUUUAAAAUUUUGUUUGCUGGCUACAUCCGCCUGCAUCGCGUUUACACUGUGUUUCGCUCUGAAUUGUCCGAACUUGGAUUUCGCUGGAUUGACCGUACCUUAUCAAAACAUCACAAGGAAGAUCGCGUUAUCUCUUGAAAACACUUGUAACAACGGCUGCGGAUGCUCCAGAUCGCAAUUCGAUCCUAUAUGCGGCGUGGAUGGGGUCACAUAUUAUUCGCCCUGUCAUGCCGGAUGUUACCGAGAAACACCGAUAAACAAUGUCAAGGUAUAUUCGGAUUGUAGCUGUAUACACGCACCGGCGAUGAAUUUAACAAGCGAAAAUACUGGCAACAUUGUCCAAUACGAAGCUGUCAACACUACCUGCGGAAGCACGUGCUCAUACCUGUGGCUGUUUAUCAUUCUGGCAUUUUGCAACAUGUUCAUGACUUUCCUCUGCACGAUGCCGGCACUUUCGUCCACACUGAGGGUCGUGCGCGACGAUCAGAGAUCCUUCGCUCUAGGCAUACAAUGGAUCAAAGUUCGUAUUUUGGGAACAAUACCGGCACCCAUGGUAUUUGGCGCUCUUAUAGACGAUACGUGUAUCUUAUGGAACGAGACGUGCGAUGGCAGAGGAGCGUGUCUCGUGUAUGACAAUUACUAUAUGAGCAGGUAUAUGCUCGCGUUGGCAUUUAUCGGAAAGGCAGCCUCGCUUCUUUUCUUCUUCUUAGCAUGGUGGACGUACGUUCCACCAGGUAGCAGAGGUAUCGACCAGAAUUCACGACAACAGACCACCGCUACUUUAAUGCUAAGCGAUACGUCUCAAGAGGUUGAGAUCGUUCCGACUACAAUAGCGUAAUCUCGGAUUGUUCCGUUUUUAGAACUGCUAUUUUAUAAAAAUGGUAGAAAACUGCAAUUUAUACACACGAAUAGAUAGAUACUUCGACAUUCCUUUUUUAAUGAGAUUUUGCAAAAUUUCAAAACGGGAUGAUUCGAGCUAUGACGAGAAUACAUAAACAAAUAUCAAGAUAGGAUAAAUGCGUAUAUGUCAAUACACAGCAUGAACGAAAAGUAUAUCAUAAAAAUCCCUUUUGCACAUUAGGAAGAUAAGUUUUUGAUAGCCCUAUAACUGAGAUUCGGAAGUCAAUCAGGGAGUGUUAAAUGGAUCUGGAUAAUCGUGCCAAAGAGCCUACAAUACCCAAAAGUUUUUGCAAUUUUUUUCAACUUUUUAUAACAAACAAAUCUUCGUGUGAUGAACCUAGCAUGAAUCAAAUAUCCAGUUUGCGCAACUCCAAGCCCUAACGUAAAUUUUUAUAAUCCUACAUUUACUGAUUGUCAAUUAAAUCGAUCGAUUAAUCAUAUUAUCUAUGAUGAUAAAUAUCGAUAGUACUUUAUACUCAAAAAUGUGAUUUAUGUAAAUUUUGGAGAUGGUUCUAGCGUCAUAUCAACGCCUUGUCGUGGUGAUUGUCGUAUACUAUAUUGCCGACUUGAUAUUAAACUUUCUGCGCCGUUUUCCGCUAUAAUUAUUUUUACUAAACGAAAAACACCAGUAUGUCUAGAGCACGUAUUAUACAUGUCAUCAAUAAAAAGCUAAUGAAGUAUGUUA